GCCAGGAUCCAUCUCUUCCCAGACCUUAUUUGAGAGUUGGUAGCAGAUAUACGCAUAUCUUACAUGGAGAUGAUUGCCUAUCUAAGGCCUUUUAAGGAUUUUAGUUAUGCUCACUAUUAUGGCGAUUCUUACCUGGAAUUUCAAGGCUUGCAUUUAAACAUGCAAAAUUUCAUCCACUUGGAAUUUAAGACCUAUAAACCUGAUGGACUACUCCUAUAUAUUGAAGAGAGCUCGGAAUCAAUAGGACAGUUUUUAAUUCAGCUUUUUAUCAGACAUGGCAUCUUACAGUACCAGUUUGUGUGUGGUAAAGCAACACAAGUCAAAAACAUCACAACUCCUGCUAGAGUGGAUGAUGGACAGUGGUAUAAAGUGCAGAUUAGGCAAAGCAUGGUGCCAUGUGAAGCAGAAAUGUUGAUCCUGGAGAUAUCUGCAAAGACAAGAAUGCCUAGCAAUUUCUCGUCCAAUUCAUACGGGCUUGAAACAGGAUCCAUAUUUGUUGGUGGCUUGCCUUAUUCUUCUGCAAUAAAGCAGAUACCUGGACCUGUCUACAAUUUCACUGGCUGUAUACAAGUAAUAGAAAUCAAUAAUGUGGGACCUUUCAACUUCUCUAAUGCUGUGGGAAGAAAGAAUAUUGACAGUUGCAGAACUCCAGUACCUACACAUCUGCCAACACCAUUCCCUACCAUUUCUUCUGAUGUGCUCACCCUGCCUGAGCCAGUCACUCCCUCUCUGAGUUCCCCUGAGUUGCCAUCUGCAUGCCAGGGGGGAUUGUGCCACAAUGGAGGCACUUGUCAUCCAAUCUCCCUGCCUACUGGGGCCGCCUCAUUUGAGUGUGACUGCCAAUUACACUUCACUGGACGGUUCUGCGAAAAAGACGUAGCCCUGUUUUUUCCAUCCUUCAAUGGGAAUUCUUAUUUGGAACUUCCUUCUCUAACAUCUGUAUCUCAGAUGAGGACUGCAUCUGGGCAGGAAACAAGCAAUCUGACAACUCUGUACUUGACAGUGAAAACAACUGCUCCAAGUGGCACUAUUCUUUACAGUAGUGAAAAGAAUUUUGGGGAUCAGUUUCUUCACUUGUAUCUUGUGGAAGGAAGACCAACAGUUCGAUUCAGUUGUGGAAACUCUCAGAACAUUCUGACUGUAUCUGUCAAUCAAUCCAUUAGCAAAGGGAUAUUCAUGCCUAUCACAAUAAGCUAUAUGUUGCCUGUUAGCAAUCCUGAAGGUUACUGCAUGAUUGAAAUGGCUGCAGACAGAAACCCUCCUGUACAACACAGACUCCAUCUCUCAUAUCAGGCAUCUCAGAUCACCUUUGGACCAACCUUUCUUGGGAAUGUUCCUGUUCACAAAGAGGUUCCUGAAUGUGCUGGGCACAUACAUGGCUAUAGAGGAUGCAUUAGGGAUUUUCAAGUAAACAACAAAGAAUUUUUCAUCAUAGAUGAUGCUCUUGGAGGGAAGAAUGUUGAGAACUGUAAUGUUCCAAUAUGUGAUUACCAUCCAUGUCGCAAUGGUGGAACCUGCAUUAGUGAUGCAGAAAAUUGGUUUUGUGAAUGCCCUAAACUCUACUCAGGAAGACUGUGCCAGUUCAUGACUUGUGAUGAAAGUCCAUGUGGAAAUGGUGCUACAUGUUUUCCGAAGUCCAGGCAAGACGUUGUUUGUCUUUGUCCGUAUGGAAGGUCUGGCAUCCUCUGCAAUGAUGUUAUUAAUAUUACCCAGCCUAGUUUCAGUGGCACAGAUGUCUUUGGAUAUACUUCAUUCCUAGCUUACGCUACAAUCCCUAAUAUCACCUUCAACUAUGAAUUCCACUUAAAAUUUCAGUUGUUAAACCACCACUCAGCUUUACAAGACAACUUGAUAUUUUUCACUGGACAGAAGGGCCAAGGUCUGAAUGGAGAUGAUUUUUUGGUGUUAGGCCUCUGCGAUGGCAGAGUAGUAUAUAGCUACAAUCUAGGUUCUGGCACAGCAACAAUCAUUAGCAAACCACUUGACCUGACUCUCAAUAUUCAUGUCAUCCAGCUUGGCAGAUAUCUCCAGAAAGGCUGGCUGAAGGUGGAUGAUCAGAAGAAUAAAACUAUCACUUCUCCUGGAAGGCUGGUUGGACUCAAUGUCUUCAGUCAGUUUUAUUUAGGGGGCUAUCAUGAGUAUAAUGCAGAACUCCUACCCAAGGGAUCCAGAUUUAAGAACGGCUUUCAAGGUUGCAUUUUUGAUGUGCAAGUUCGCACCAACAUGAAUCAGGAGUUCAAAUCACCAGGGAAUCCAGAAGGUCACCCCAAUUCUGGUCGCAGUGUGGGGCAAUGUAAAGCUUCUCCAUGCAGUUUAAUAAAAUGCAGAAAUGGUGGGAAGUGCAUGGAAAGUGGCUCUACUGUUUAUUGUGACUGUCUGGCAGGAUGGAAAGGUGCAUUUUGCACAGAAAUGGUGACAGUAUGUGAUCCAGAGCAUGAUCCUCCACAUCUGUGCAAGCAAGGCGGUACCUGUGUGCCACUGCCUAAUGGCUACACGUGCCACUGUCCUCUAGGAACAAGUGGCACCUAUUGUGAACAAGAUAUUUCCAUCAGUGAUCCAUCUUUCCGAAGUAACGAAUCAUCAUGGAUGUCAUUUGCACCCUUUUAUAUCCGACAUAAGACCCAUAUCAAACUGCAAUUUCAGCCUCUUUCUCCAGAUGGUAUCCUGUUUUACACUGCACAGCGUUUGGGUACUCAGUCAGGUGACUUUCUAUGUAUAUCAUUAGCAAAUGGAUUUAUACAGCUGCGCUACAAUCUUGGAGACAAAACAAUUGUCCUACAGGCUAUUCAGAAGGUCCAUGCUGAUGGGCAGACCUGGCAUGUACUCAGAGUAGGAAGAGUUGGUAAUGAAGGCUACCUGGAUCUGGAUGGUAUCAAUGUUACCCACACAGCCAGUGCUGGGAUGAAUGUGCUGGACACACGCACAGAUUUUUACGUUGGAGGGGUAUCCUCUCUAAAUCUUGUGAAUUCAAUGGCAACAGAAAACGAACCCACAGGUUUCAGUGGCUGCAUACGAGAGGUUGUUAUAAAUGACAAAGAACUGAAGCUGACUGCGACGGAUCCCAAAGGUGGAGCCAAUAUUGGAGACUGUGACGGAACCGCCUGUGGAUAUUCAGUGUGCAAAAACAAUGGAACAUGCCAAGUUGAAAGCUCAGGCUUUUCUUGUUCCUGCCCACAAGGAUGGAUAGGGAACACGUGUGAAGAGUCUGUUCACUGCUUGCAGAACAGAUGUAGGCCGCAAGCUCUCUGUAUUCCCCAGCCCACUUUGCUUUCAUACACCUGUGUAUGUGCACUAGGCUGGUCAGGUAAGCACUGUGACAGCAAAAUCAGCUUUUUCACAGCAAAGUUUGUUGGUAAUUCCUACAUCAAAUACAUAGAUCCCCUUUAUGGAAAAAGAGACCUCCAGUAUAGCCGUAUUUCUUUAAACUUUACUACCAAUCAAAUUGAGGGCUUAAUGGUGUGGCUGGGAAAAGCUGAAGAUGAAGACAAUGAUUUCCUUGCCAUUGGCCUCGCCAAUGGAACAUUAAAAGUUGUGAUUAAUCUUGGAGAAAGAAUCUCUGUUCCAAUGAUUCAGAGCAAAGAUUCCACCUGUUCUGAUGAAAGAUGGCAUUUUGUUACUGUAAUUCAAAAUCAAACAUGUGUGAAGGUAUAUCUUGAUGAGGAGCUAAUUAUUUUUGAAGAUAUUGAUCCACACAGAAAAUACACUGCUUUAAACUAUGGUGGAAUUUGUUAUUUCGGUGGAUUUGAAAUUGGCAGAGAAGUCCAUACGGUCACUGUAGGGCUGUUUCAGAAGAAGUUCAUUGGUAAAAUGAAAGAUAUUGCACUCUUCCAAGAUUCUAGAAAAAUUCAGCUCAUGAAAGGAGAAGGUUAUAAUGUUCAUAAUGGAGAUCAUAGAAAUUAAUUGAAGAACUAAUUAAGAUUCCUUGAAAGUGUUGCAUUUCAUUUUUGUACUGCCUCUUGUAUUAAACUGACAACCUAGAAUUUGUGUACAAAAAUAAGUGAAAUAGUUCCUAAUCCUUUUUCUGUUUUAAUGAUGGGUAUUAAUAAUAUAUGUAAAAUGUGGCCAGAAUUUUUAAUUUACUCCUAUUUAUAUAUACUCUUUAGUAUUUAUUUUAAAAUAAUGAAGUCUGAUUUU